AUGGCAUCAGCCGGUUUCUAUGUCGAUAAGAGACUUGCCUUCCAACUUGAGACCGGGACCAAGUCGACAGGGCUCGCAGGCACAAGCACCCAGCUUCCCUCCCGCAACAGGCCAGACGGACGGAGACCAGAUGCAAGGCCGGUUGAGCCCAGCCCUCCCCAACUGUCUCGACCCCGUCUGCCUCCCCGCCCUUCAGGGGGGGUGUGCGCUCCUACGACGCAUACGGUGGAGUCGGCGAGUCCGGCGUGUGUGACGUCAAACUGGAGGGGGCCCCUUUCUGAGUUUAAAGCACUUCCGGAGCACUACUGCUACCCAGAAUGUUUCCCAGAAGAACAGCCUACUCUGUUGCGGGUCAGACAAGGGAAUGGGCGAGACAACUACUCACGGCUGAAGUUCUCUGAUCUAGAUGACCAAAGCCGGGAAGCCGAAAGAGCAUGGGAGCUCACCGUAGGAGAUAUCUACCACAGUAUUCCGACAACCGCCAUCGGGCUUUUUGAGACGCUUCGCAGCAUGCGGAAUAUGCCCCUGCGGCUACGAAUUGAUGUGCGGGCUGUAGCUUUUGGACUUACUGGAUACGAUUUGUUCCAGAAACACUUCUUCGUGUCGACGCAUCCGGAGGACGAUACCGUGGACCGUUUCAUAGAGGCAUUCAAUCGAACCGAUACUUAUCAAAGACCACAAUUGCUGUUUUCAUUUCUGGAGACAUUUCUUGAAUAUACAGAUCCGCAGCGCCUUGGUACGUGUAUGCAACGUAUCAUUUCGGGGAUUGAGCCAUGUUCCGAAACACUACAACGUGCGGCUGAGGUGGAGAUUGCGGAGCUUGUUGUCACGUUCACAACGCAGUGUCAAGUCGAUCCAUCGCAGCAUCAUUCAGGGUAUGCUGAGAACACCAUCAUCCCAGCACAGUUGAGCAUAUUCGGGGACUUCAUUAUACUGUUUCGCUCCAGUCAUCAUGGAACCAGAAGGAUCUUCGAAAUGGCGGCAAAGCGGUUACAGCGACGUCUUCGCCCGCUGUUGUUAUGGCUUUUCGUUGGUAGCAUGCCAAACAGAGCAAAACCCUUUAGCGGCGGUGGAAAGAAUGCCCGCCAGGUGUUGAUGGUGUGCGAUUCAGUCCAUACUUUGGUCCCAUCUGUUGUGCGGUUGAAACCGGGUUUGACAAGGCUGUAA